AUGCUCGAAACCGGAAAUCUGAGUAUCAUCAUGGCUGGCAAUGCUGAACCAAUUAAUGAGCAAGAAGUUGCUGCAAAAUAUGGAAACAUAAGAAGUGAAAUGAAUCAGAUUUACUCAAAAAUCACAGAACUAGAGAUGGAAGUAAGUGAGCACUCAUUGGUGAUCAAUGCCAUUCAGCCACUGGAUCCCACCAGACGUUGCUACAGAAUGAUUGGAGGUGUGCUUGUUGAGAGAACAAUCAAGGAAGUAUUGCCAGCUGUCCAACAAAACAAGGAAGGAAUUGAAGUGGUGAUUUCUAGACUUAAUGAAGCUUUGGAGAGGAAGAAGAAGGAGCUCACUGAUUUUGAAACUAAGUACAAGAUUAGGAUCAGGAAAAAUGAUGGGGAAUCCAUGGAUGAUAAUAGCAAGAAAGAAGGGUCUGCCCAGGGUGUUCUUGUGGGUCCUGCAAAUGCAUGAUGAAUUUGGUAUGUUUUUUUUGUUCGUGUUAUCGUGCGUUUUCAUAGACUGUUAUAAACAUGAUUUGAUCUUGAGAUUUGUAAGAGUAAGAUAAUUAGUAGUUAUGGUUUUUGCUACUUGUUUUUGAAUUUGAAUGCAUGACCUCUGAAAUAGUAAAGAUUUUGUGGCCUAUGAUUUUGUGUUAUGAUUAUUUUGCGAUCCAAUGUGUUGAAAUGCUCACAAGUGAUGUAGAAAAGAAGUAAAACAAACACAUGAGGGGUGUUUGGUUUGCAUAAUGUUUUUGUAAGGAAUGUAAUAAGUCUAAUGAAUUGGA